CACAUACGUACCAAAUUGAACCUGGUACGCCUAGAUUUUUAAUCAAAUUCGCAGUACCUGAUCGAGUUGGAGCGCUGUACCUGAUCGAUUUGGACCACCGUACCUGAUCGAAUUGGAUCGCCGUACCAUGGCGUUUUGGAUCGCUAGCGACUGGCGAUUGGGUACACCACGAUCCAAUACGUGGAUCGUGGCUACCCUGGCGAUUUAGGUAACUAUGGAAGAAUCUCAGCUUAAGUUUCUGCAAAAUGGGAUCGGGUCGUUUCAAUAUAUGUCAUCCUAGACUAUGUAAUUUAACACUUGAACGUAGUAACGAGGGUGAGAAAGGUGAUGUUGUUGCACCUCAACUCAUGAAUCUCACUAUAAAAUAUUGGACAGGGAUACAUCUUAUUUCCUCACCUAACCUCACCUCCUUGCAGUAUGAAGAUUAUUUGUUUCCUUUGGAGGUAUCUGCUGACCUUCCUCAUUUGGAGAAGGUGGAUAUAUGUAUUCACCACUGUAAUGUUGGGGCAGAUGCUCAUGAAAUUGUUUGCAUGCUUCAAAAGCUUCAUAGUGUCAAAUUUCUUACACUCAACUUGGAAAUUAUCAAGAUUCUUUGUUCAUAUGUGGAACUAAUUUCACAUCAACCUUCUCCAUUUGCCAACUUAAAGUGUUUAGAGAUUUAUCCAAAGAUUCAUCCAGAUUCAGAGCAAACACAACCAAAAGUAACUACCGAAGUUAAAAACUAUUUUGUAGACGGUUCUCCGGGUGCCACCUUCACAAUGUUUUCACAUGAGGAUAUUAGAGCUACGAAGAAGACCAAGUUGGCCCAAGACCUUAUUACAACUUUACAGGCGCUGCUAGAGCAGGAGAAAGCUCAUAUAGAGACCAAAAUGGUAAACAUGCAUGAACAAGAGAAGGCUCAGAUUGAUUUUGAUAGUUGUUGGAAAUAUACGAGUGUGCAGAUUGAGAAAGGAAAAGAAAAGACUUCUGACAUCAUUUCAAAGUUGAAGGAGAUCAAAGAUUUAAUGACAGAAUUGCCUGCAUCAAACCGGGCUACCAUUCAACCAUCUUUUUCUACCUUGUGUGUAGAGGCCGACAUUGUCAUGAAUAAGAUAACAGAUUGUACGAAGAUGCAAUGCGAUGAGAAUCUAAGGCGUGCAAGUGUGUGCUUUCAUGAACUUGCUACAACAUUGCGGACGUCACCUUAGCCAAAUUGUAAG